CCGCAGACUAGCGGAGAGGAUCGGGCUGGUCGGGGAAGCAGGAGCAGAGCAGAGUGGCUCACAGCGAGAGAGAGAGUUUGCACAGGAACACGAGUUUAGCCUUCGUCCUUGGAGACGACCCAAGUACAGGGAGCAUCCUUCAUUAGUUGUGUGCUGCAGCAUUAUUUAAACACCAUGUCUGGCAGCACCAUAGCCAGGGUGCUUGUUGCGCUCUGUAUCGGGGGCGCGGUGAACUGCAUGCCCAAAGAGACGCACAGGAAUCGGAGGCAGCCGCAGGAGCAUUACCCCGCCUCAGUCGACCAGGACGGUUGUACAGAGAAUGGCAACGUCUACUCCAUCAAUGACCAGUGGGAACGGCAAUAUUUGGGGAGCACUCUGGUCUGUACCUGCCAUGGAGUUGCUGGUAUCAAGUGUAAAAGCAAACCUGAAGCAGAGGAAAGGUGCUACGAUAAAAUCAACCAGCAGUACUACACUGUGGGAGAAACCUAUGAGAGACCCAAGGACAGCAUGAUCUGGGACUGUACCUGUAUCGGCUCUGGCAGGGGGAAGAUCAGCUGCACCAUUGCCAAUCGCUGCCAUGAAGGCGGGGCUUCAUAUAAAAUAGGUGACACCUGGAGGAGACCCCACGAAACAGGGGGAUACAUGCUGGAGUGCGUCUGUCUGGGUAACGGCAAGGGAGAGUGGACCUGCAAACCUGUCGCCGAGCGUUGUUAUGACAACUCAGCGGGAACAUCCUAUGUUGUCGGGGAGACGUGGGAGAAGCCGUACCAGGGGUGGAUGGUGGUGGACUGUACCUGUCUCGGGGAGGGAAGUGGACGCAUCACAUGCACUUCCAGAAAUCGCUGUAACGACCAGGACACGCUGUCGUCCUACCGUAUUGGAGAUACCUGGACUAAGACGGAUGCCCGAGGCCACCUGCUCCAGUGUCUGUGCACAGGAAACGGCCGCGGGGAGUGGAAGUGUGAGCGACAUGCCUCACUUCACACCACUGGCCUGGGCACUGGCUCUCGUGUGAUCACCAACAUCCAGCCCGCUGUGUACCAGCCUGCCAACGUGCCCGAGUCUCCCCAGGACGGGCCCUGUCGCACAGAUGCCGGACUGUCAUACUUCAUCGGUCAGCGUUGGAUCAAGAGUCAGGGAACCCAGCAGAUGAUCUGUACCUGUCUUGGUAAUGGAAUCAGCUGUGAGCAGUGGGAUGGACCAGCUCCAGUGUACGGUGGCAACUCUGGAGGUCAGCCGUGUGUGUUCCCGUUCGUCUACAAGGGGAAGACGUACCACUCCUGCAUCUCUGAUGGACGUAGCGACGGACAGCUGUGGUGUUCCACCUCAUCUGACUUUGAGACGGACCAGAAGUAUUCCUUCUGUACAGAGAAGAAUGUGAUGGUGGCGACACGAGGCGGUAACUCUAACGGUGCUCUGUGCCAGUUCCCCUAUCUGUACAACGGCCGAAACUACACUGACUGCACUGCAGAUGGACGCAGAGAUGGCAUGAAGUGGUGUGGCACCACAACCGACUAUGACGCAGAGCAGCGCUUUGGCUUCUGUCCCAUGGCUGCCCACGAAGAGGUGUGCACGACAAGCGAGGGGGUGAUGUACCGCGUGGGAGACCAGUGGGACAAACGGCAUGAUGUUCUCCAUCACAUGAUGCGAUGCACCUGUGUCGGUAACGGCAGAGGAGAGUGGAGCUGCGUUGCUUACUCCCAGCUUAAAGAUCAGUGUAUUGUCGACGGUCUCACCUUUGAGGUGAACCAGACCUUCACCAAACAACACGAAGAGGGAUACAUGAUGAACUGCUCGUGCUUUGGACAGGGACGCGGCCGCUGGAAAUGUGAUGCCAUUGAUCAGUGCCAGGAGCCCGAGACGAGGACUUUCUAUCAGAUCGGAGAAACCUGGGACAAAGUCAUCCGUGGAGUUAUGUACAAGUGCUACUGCUAUGGCCACGGCGUAGGGGAGCUCAGUUGUGAGCCCCAGCAGUCAUACUCUGGUGGCCACCGUCCUGUCCAGGUGAUUAUCACAGAAUCUGGAAAUCAACCCAACUCCCACCCCAUUCAGUGGAACGCUCCGCCGUCUGCUCACAUCAGCCAGUACAUUCUCAAAUGGAAAGUGAAAAACACCCACAGCCCAUGGAUGGAGGUGUUAAUUCCCAAUCAUCUGACCUCCUACACCAUCUCUGGUCUAAAGCCGGGAAUCACCUACGAGGGUCAGCUGAUCAGCCUUCUUCGGUUUGGUGGGAGAGAGGUCACGCGCUUUGACUUCACCACCACUUACGGAUCAUUGGCUACAGCACAAGGCGAGACCACCCAGCUUCCACCUGUCGUCGACACCUCCGAGUCUGUGACUGAAAUCACCUCCAGCAGCUUUGUCGUCUCCUGGGUUUCAGCUUCCGACACAGUUUCUGGUUUCAGAGUGGAGUAUGAGCUCAUUGAGCAGGGACAGAGCACUGGGCAGCCAGUGGUGCUAGACCUUCCUCGAACAACUACCUCAGUAAACCUGAAUGAUCUUCUUCCCGGGAGAAAGUACUCUGUCAAUGUCUACGAGGUCACAGACAGUGGGGAGGACAAUCUCAUUCUCACCACUUCACAAACCACGGCACCUGAUGCACCCGUUGAGCAUGAAGUGGAGGAGGUGGGAGAAACCUCCAUUGUGGUCAGCUGGGCAAAACCAGUGGCUCCUAUCACAGGUUAUCGUGUUGUCUACACGCCGUCGGUGGAAGGUGAAAGCACAGAGCUGAAUCUGCCCGACACUGCCACGUCUGUGACGCUGAGUGACCUCCAGCCUGGUCGCCUGUACAACAUCAGCAUCUACGCUGUGGAGGACAGCCUGGAGAGUGCGCCUGUGUUUGUACAGGUCAACACUGCUGGAGAGCCGCUGCCAGAUGAAGUGGUUUCUCCCACAGACCUGCAUUUCUUUGAGGUGUCGGAUAAAAAGAUAGUUCUGACCUGGUCUGGCCCGGGCAGCGACGUCUCAGGUUACCGCGUCACCGCCGUCCCCAUCGAUGAGUCUGGCUCCCCGCAGACGGAGAUGACUCUGCCCGUCACGCAGAACUCCUACAUUGAACUGACACACCUAGAGCCUGGCACAAUGUACCGCUUCAAUGUUUACUCUAUUCACAACGGAGAAGAAAGUUUACCACUUAUUGGGGAGCAAACUACCAAGCCCGACGCUCCCACGGACAUCCAUUUCACCAACGUGACCGAGGACAGCGCUGUGAUGCUGUGGUACGCCCCGCGCGCCAAAGUCACCGGCUACCGCCUCUUCCUCACCGUCGAGGACUCCAACCCCAAGCAGCUGCGGCUGCCCGCUCGCUUCCCUCAGUACACUCUCCUCAACCUGAAGCCGGACACGCAGUACGUCGCCACGCUUCACGCGGAGCAAGGCAACACGCUGAGCGAAGGAGAGACUGCCGUGUUCACCACAAACCCACCAAUGGGCAACGCUCCUCAGUUCAGCACUGAUGUGACCGACACCUCCAUUGUAGUGUCCUGGAUUCCAGUUCCCCGCAUUGGAUACAAGUUGACAGUACGUCCCAGUCAGGGCGGCGAGGCCCCGAGAGACGUGACCUCUGACUCUGGCAGUAUUUUCAUUUCUGGCCUGACACCCGGAGUGGAGUACACCUACAGUGUGCAGCCAGUCAUAAAUGGCCAUGAGCAGGGAACACCUAUCACACGGCGUGUUGUCACUCCUCUGUCUCCUCCUACUGAUCUCAACCUGGAGAAAAACCCCAGCACUGGAGAGCUCAGUGUGCAAUGGAGCGAAGCCAGCACACCAGACAUCACUGGCUACAGAGUGACCUGUACUCCCACCAAUGGACAGCAGGGAAACAGUGUGGAGGAGUUUGUGGAGGCGGGACAGAACUCCUGCACCUUGGAGAACCUCAGUCCUGGAGUGGAGUACAAUGUCAGUGUCUUCACUGUUAAGGAUGACAUGGAGAGCUCUCCUGUGUCAACGAUUAUUACACCAGAGAUCCCACAGCUGACGGACCUCAGCUUCGAGGAGGUGAGCGACACCACCAUCAGCCUCCGCUGGUCGCCGCUCAACACCACAGCCAUCACUGGCUAUAGGAUCACAGUGCUGGCCGCUGGCGAGAGCGUGCCCAUCUUUGAGGACAUGGUGCAGCCAACCACUGGCCAUUACACCGUCUACGGCCUGGAACCCGGCAUCGACUACGACUUUAGCGUGAUCACGGUGACGGAGAAUGGCGAGAGCGAGCCCACCACGCUCACUCAACAGACCUCUGUACCCGCUCCCACUGAUCUGUCUUUUGGCGAGGUUGGACACGACAGUAUUGAAGUCACCUGGGUCGCUCCCCUCGUCCCCAACACCGCUGACAUUGACAAUUUCCACAUCAGGUAUCACCCCAUUGAUGAUGAAGAUGAUAUUACAGAAACCACUGUUGGAGGCAGCAGUAACAGCGUGGUGCUGAGGAACUUGCUGCCCAACACAGAGUAUCUGAUCAGUGUGGUGUGUGUGUAUGAGCAGAGGGAGAGCUCUCCCGUUGUCGGCACACAGACAACAGCUCUGGAUUCACCAGUGGGUCUGCGAUUCUCUGAGAUCUUCACCAACUCCUUCACCGUCCACUGGUUUGCUCCUCAGAGCAAGAUCACUGGUUACCGCAUCCGUUACCAGAUGGUCACCGGCGGGAGGUCUAAGGAUGAGAGGCUGCCUCCCUCCAGGAACCACUUCACUCUGACGGGUCUGGCGCCAGACACCGACUAUCUGGUUAACAUAUUUGCUGUGAGUGGGACUCAGGAGAGCCUGCCGCUCAGCGGAACACAGAAGACAAUCUCCGAUGCUCCCACAGACCUGGAAGUGCUAGAUUCCUCCCCCACCAGUAUCACCAUCCGCUGGGAUGCUCCUCCCGUAACCGUGCGCUAUUAUCGGAUCACUCACGGAGAGACAGGAGGUCACAGUAAUCCCAAGGAGUUCACAGUGCCUGGCUCUCAGUCCACUGCUACCAUUUCUAGCCUGAAUCCCGGUACCAACUACACAGUCACUGUCUAUGCCGUGACUGGUAGAGGAGACAGCCCUGCAUCCAGCACUCCAAUCUAUGUCACACACAAAACAGGUGUUGACUCUCCCUCUGAAAUGGAGGUGAAAGAGGUGAAUGACAACAGUGUCACAGUGAGGUGGAGCCCUGCUCAAGGGCCAAUCAAGGGAUACAGGGUGACCGUUGUCCCCAGAAAUGGACAAGGGCCAUCUUUUACUGAGGUGGUGGCUCCAGACCAGACAGAGAUUACUUUCUCAGGCUUAAUGCCCACAGUAGAGUACACCUUGAGUGUGUACGCUCUUGGACAAGAUGGUGAGAGCUCUCCUCUGGUGGUGAAUGCUUUGACAAACGUUGACCGUCCCAAAGACCUCAGCUUCUCAGAGCUGGACUCCACGACAUUGCGGAUCUCCUGGGACAGUCCCGAUGGAACCGUCACAUCUUACAGGGUCCUGUACUCCAGUGGGGAGGAAGGCGAGCGAGAGCUUCUUCCCGCUCCCCGAGGCGAUGCCGAGUCCACUGUUCUCUACGGUCUGCAGCCUGGGGCUGAAUACACUGUCAAGGUCAUUGCCCUGCAUGAUGGCACAGAGAGCACCCCAGUGAUUGGAACAUAUGCUACAGCCAUCUCGCCCCCCACCAACCUCCAGCACUCCCAGGUUGGCCCUACCUCUUUCACAAUAAACUGGGCUGUGCCGGGUCAGGAAAAUGGACUAAAUGGCCUCAAAGGCCUGUCAGGCUACCGUGUGGUGGUGAACCCAAAGAAUAAGAGCGGACCGACCAAAGAGAUCAACCUGGCACCAGACGCCACUCAGGCUCACAUUUCUGGGCUCAUGAUUGGAACGACCUAUGAGGUCCAUGUUUAUGCUCUGAAAAACUCUCUCACCAGCAGGCCAGUGCAAGCAGAGGUCACCACACUGGAGAACAUCAGCCCACCUCGCCGCGUUCGCAUCUCUGACGUCAAUGACUCUGCCAUCACUUUGACGUGGCGCUCCAAGACAGAAACCAUCUCUGGCUUCCUGGUGGAGGCCACGCCCACUUCCUCCUCAGCAGGCUACAUACCCAUUCAUAAGACCAUUGGCCCAGAGUCACGGGCAUUCACCAUUACAGGUCUGGAGCCAGGCACAACUUAUAAGAUCAACAUGUACACACUGAAAGGGAAUGGACGCAGUGCACCGCUCACACUCACAGCCACCACAGCUAAACCCGUGGUCAGCCCACCCACAAACAUCCGCUUCACCUCCCUGAACCCCACCAGCAUCUCUUUCACCUGGGAGCCAUCGCGCAGCCCAGGGGUCACUGGGUAUUAUGUCACCUACGAGGAGGCCGGCGGUUUGCCGCGCGAAGUCACCCCCAGACCCCACGCUGGCCAGAGCUACGCCAUUGUCAGUGGUCUAAAACCUGGAACGGAGUACGUCAUCAAGAUUGUUGCACUGCAAAAUGCUUUGAGAAGCACACCUCUAGUGGGCAAAGCCAGAACACAGCCAGCCAUAGAUUAUCAGCUGUUGGUUCCUGAGCUGCCGCAGCUUCCUGUUCCCCAUCGGCCCAGCACGGACAUUCUGGAUGUCCCAGAGUCCUUCAACGACAAGAUCUUCAACUCCAACCAUGUACACUUGGCUGGCACCAGUGGUCAGAGCCAACCAGGCCAGCAGGGACAGCACAUUUACACUGAGUACCAGAACCUAGGACCUAAUCAUGGACUUCAUGGCCCCUUUGGUGGACCCAAAGAGGGACAGAGACCCACUCUCAGAGAACCUCUAGUCUAUAUCCCUGUAGCGGGUCCUGAUGGAAACAGAGUGCCUUUGGUCAAGGUGAGUGAGACUCCUCUGUCGGGUCUUGCGUUUGGUUUCCCCGACAAUGAGACGGAGUUGCCCCAGGAAGCACAGACAAUCACAACCAUCUCCUGGCAACCCAUCCCUCAGACUGCAGAGUAUGAGGUGUCCUGUAAUCCCAUCACACACCUGGAGGAAAGGGGCUUCCAGAUGCGUCUUCCCGGCUCAUCGAACAGCGCCACACUGAUCGGACUGACAUCCGGAGCAUCCUAUAACGUCGUAGUGGAGGCCAUGAGGGGCGGAGCUAAAGAGAAAGUUCUGGAGGAAGUCGUAACUGUCGGCAAUGCUGUUCCAGGUGACAUCCCUGGCACCGCUAACCAGGACGUGUGUUACGAUACGUUCACACACACCUAUCACGAGGUGGGCUCCGAGUGGGAGCGCAUGUCUGAGACCGGUUUCAAGCUGUGGUGCCGCUGCCUGGGCCUGGGCAGUGGUCAUUUUAGGUGUGAUUCAUCCAAGUGGUGUCACGACAACGGCUACAACUAUCGCAUUGGUGAAAAGUGGGACCGUCACGCCGAAAAUGGACACAUGAUGAGCUGCACCUGUCUGGGAAAUGGAAAGGGAGAAUUCAAGUGUGAACCCCAUGAGUCGACAUGUUACGAUGAUGGGAAAAUGUACCAGGUGGGGAACCAGUGGCAGAAAGAAUAUCUGGGUGCCAUUUGUACCUGUACCUGCUAUGGAGGGCAACAGGGCUGGCGUUGUGAGAACUGUAGAAGACCGGGUGCACAUACUGAUGUGGACGCUGACCUCCUGCAGCCUGUUAGCUCAGAUGUUUUUGACCGGUACCGAGAAAACGCACUACGCAAACUGAACAUCCAGUGUCCCAUUGAAUGCUUGAGGCCGGAGCUGCUUGCAGAUGCUCACAGUCCCGCAGAGUAGAGUUGAGAGGAGUGUAAAUAAAAAAAGAAAAAGGAAGACCUGAAACCCCUUUCAGGAAGGAAGCUUCUCUCGUGAAAAGAAGACCUCUCCAUUAGAUGUGUGCCUUCAAGAUUUUCCCACCACCACACUAAAUUUUAAGUGCCUUUAAGAAAGACUUUUCUACAUCAACCUCUGUGCCUGUUCAAAGACCCGUCCAGCUCUCCAUGUUGUUUGUGAUCCUCUGUUCUUCAACGAAAACUAGGACUUCUUUUUGACACAGUCUGUCGGAGCACAAAUCCUGCUGCUUUGUCACCACAAACUUGCCAGCCCUUCCCCAAACACCAGAUGCAGUAUUGUUGUGUACUUUUUUUUUUUAUUGGAUUUACACACAUUCCUUUACAAUUCUCUUUAUAAACCACUACAAUUGCCGGUCCUUGAUAAUACCUGCAGCCACAUUUGUUGCAUUUUCACUUUUUGAGUUAAGAUGUUGACAGAGACAUUUAGGUCGCGAUAAAGUGAUUUUUGUGGGUCCCUGGACAUUUCCAAAUCAAGGGGAGAGUGUUGUUUUGCAAAGCCAUACAUGUAUUUGCUUUGUUCCAUGACAACUUUCAUGGCUCCUCUCAGCGUAACUGACCUAAACCAACAUUAUAGUCAAAUUUGAAAUGAAACCGUUUGUUUUAACCUGAAUCAGCAUUCUUUAUAGUAAAGAGCGUUUUAGUUGUGAAAGCAGUUCAAAUAAGUCAUCACUCUGUCUCCUACUAUAAAGAGCAGAAGAACUGGUCAGUAAUAUUGUCUUUGAAUUACUUUUUUUUUAAACUACAAACUUUCCUUAAAAGAUAAGCACUGUUAAUUUUAAGUUUGUGUUGAAAAACAUUUGUUAUUAAAGUUUAGUGAUGUGGGUGUACAUAAAGUAUAUCACCUCUAAAAUUGAAAAAACCCCAGAGCUGACUGACCAAAAUACAUUUUCAAAAGUGAAAAUGGAUAAAGAUUCACCAUUAUUUCCAAGUGAGAUUUAUUGUAGUUUCAUAAAUCCUUUCCCCUCUUUAUUUCUUUUAUUUAUCCCUUGUUAUUCGAGCAUUUUGUUCAAUGCUAUUUUGGGGUGUACACUUUAUUUUGAUUAACAUGUUUUUAUAUUGUUGGUGCCAAACUCUGAACUACUGUGGACUGAAUCUUUUUAAUAAACAAAAAAAAAGAAA